AUGGUGCUACCAAAGGAAGCCGAAGAGACAAUUGCCUUGCUUUUCCCGCCGGAAAACGACCCGGCGGCCAGCCCGGGCCCCCAGCGCACAGGCACCCCGACACCAUACACGGUCUAUCCCGAGGAGCUUCUCCACGCGACGCCCAACGGCAGCAAAUGCUAUGUGGGGCUCCAGAGCCUCACGCGGCUGUUUAUGGACGCGCUGGGCGAGGAAAACCGCGCGCAGAGCCCGGGCGGCGCCGGCCCCAACAGACACUCCAUCGUGCAGUUUGGCCUGUCUCGCUUGAGCGCCCUCCUGCGGCAGAAAGUGCAUUUGUGGGACGAAACGGAUGCCGACCACGCCGGCGGGCCGCGCGACGCGCCGGGCCGCAUGUCUGUUUCGGGCAGCAGUGCCGCCAGCUCUCUAUUCGCAUGGUCUUCUGGAGAUAAGUAUAUUGCUGCGCGCAAACGAGAGCUCCAGCAACAGCGGGAGCUUGCACAGAGGGAGCUUCCGAGAAGGAACGGUUCGGACCCGGCCCGGCCAGAACCAGAGCCAGCAGUGCCGCGAACCGCUGGGAUGGCCGCUUGGGGGCUCGCGCCUCUGAUUUCGGCCGGCCCUCUGAUUUCGGCGGGCCCCCUGACUUCGGCCAGCCCUCGGGGGCCUGAAACACCACUGACCGUGGUCCUGCGGACGGAGCCGCCAAGCAGGCCGCAGCUCGAUACAUCGCCCGCUGGGCGAGCCACCUCAAAGCCAGAGCUCCGGGAAACAGGGCCCCCGCAGUCAGAGCCUCUGAUCCGAGCCGCGCCUUCCAGCGGCCCACCUUUGGCCCGGCCACAGAAGUCCAACUUGGGCCACCGGCUCGCCGCAGUGGUGCAGCGUGAAAGCAACCGGUUUAUCCAGGACCGCAUCGACCUCAUCAAGGCUCACCAUCUGAAACAGGCCUCCAGAAAGCUCGACGAGCGCCGCCGCCGGGACCACGAAAUGCAUCUACACCGCGUGCAGCUCAAGGAGGAAAAGGACCGGCAUGGCCGCGAACACAGCGCUCCAGGACGGAAAACCCGGUCUGCUGGCGUCUCCUCCGCAAGGCCCGGGCCUGGCCUUGUCGCCUGA